AUGGACAUGGUACAUCAUCAGAUCCUCGUUUACAACAUACUUCUGUCAACUUACCCUAGUGAUACGGAAUCAGAUGCAAAGAUGAAAAUUCGUUUAUACAUCCAUUGGAGAAAAGAUUGGACCAAUCCAGAAUGUAUCGUUAAAAAUUGCAAUAAGAGUUUUGCCGGUUUUCGACUUCUUAGAACUCACCUGAAAAAGUGUCAAGUAAAUCGAAAUGACAGAAUGGAGUGUAAAAAUUGUGAAAAAGAUUAUGGUGAAAUUGUGCAAAUUCUGCCACAUUGGACCCAUCUUCUUGGAAAGUUAACCCCUCAACUCCCCGAUGACCACUUACUGAAUGAGGUCUACUUUUUACAAUUAUUUUCCGGAAAAGCAAAAUUCUCCUUAAUUGCGUGCUUGCUUUUAAUAAAUUAUGGAAGGAAUGAACGUGGCCAGGGACGGAGCAACUAUGGAUACUCUCAAAAUGGUUCCAACUCGAAUCUGCAAGACAGAGGUCCCUAUCGUGAUCAAGGUUUCAACGAUAGUCGAAACAACUAUGGAUACCAAACGGAGCCACCACGGGGUCAACGGAGGGAUUACGGAAAUGGUUCAACUCGACAACCGGAGAACCGAAUAGAUGACAGAGUAUUGGCUGAAGAGGCAUUUCGAAUGACUGCAUUAGGCCUUAAACGAAAUCGGCGGUCUUCCAGCCAUUCUUCUGGAGGCCGAAGGUGUUCGUCACUCCAAUUGCAACCUAAGUGUCUUCUUCUCUCGAAGUCGUCAGAUUCGUCAAGAAUGGAUCAACACGGAAUUCCAAACAUUGCUCAACAGGAAGCUCUUCAAAAUUUCCAGGCGGGUCUUGCAAUGCCGAACCAAGGUCGUGGGUUUCCAAAUGCUCAUCAGAACACGAUGGCUGGAGCUCAAGGAAUUCCGAAUCGUGCUGGAUUGUCUCACCAAGAAAACGGAGUACCAGCUGCUCAACGGAAUAUGUUCGCGACUGCUGGAGCUCAGCCACCAGGUCACAAUGAUUAUCCACUUGCUCCUACACCGCCGGGAAUCCCAAAUGUUGGCGGUGCUCCUUACAACGCAGAACUGAUGGCAGCUCUAGGAUAUGCUGCAGAACGAUUGCCAAAUAUGGGCCCACCAAAUGGACCAUCAGCCGAUCCAGCUCUGAUCGCCGUUCUAGGAUAUGGUGCAAGAGGCGAAAGAAACCGUCCAAAUGCUGCUCAUCCACAUGCUCACAUUCCACAUGGGGUCCCGAACUUUGCAGCCAAUCAUCAUCUAGGCCAUCGUCCAGAUCACCCGCAUCGCUCACGAAAUAUGGCACCACCAGUUGGAGCUCCAGCCGAUCCAGCAUUUAUGACUGCUAGAGAUAUCUCAUUGGUGCAGAAAAAAGAGAAUGGCCGUUCUACGAUCGUUUUUCAAUAA